AUGGCUCCCGCACAGCCAGAACUCAAGAAGUACCUCGACAAGAAGCUGUUUGUCCAGCUUAAUGGAAGCCGCAAGGUCAUCGGUGUCCUGCGAGGAUACGAUGUUUUCCUGAACAUUGUUCUCGAUGAUGCGGUCGAAGAGAAGGACGGCGGCGAAAAGGUCCGCCUGGGCAUGGUUGUCAUUCGUGGAAACUCAGUCGUCAUGCUCGAAGCGCUCGAAAGAAUAGGUGGCGGCGGCGGCGGCGGCGGCGACCGUGAACACCGAGGUUGA